UUUUCUAUUUUCUUGUACUUGGAAGUAGAUAUAGAUCAAGUAACCUGGCUCAGUUCUUGCACGUUUGUUAAUCCAGCACAUGAUCUCCACCCAACUCGGCCAGUGCCUUCCCUGGAUAUUUGUACUUCCAUUUCAUGCUAGGCUCAGACUUCAGUUGUGAAACCGCAUUGCUUCAGCUUAAGUUUUUCUAUAAAUUGGGAACUCUUCCAUUAAUUUUCCAUCAGAUACAGUCCCUUGUUACUUCCCAUUAGCUAGCUAUAUAUUGACAAGAGAGAUGGAAGUUUCAAAUUUACGACCAAGGCGUGGUGUAAUAGCUUUUUCCAUUCUUCUUUUCUCUACCCUCAUAAUCUCCAGCUCUGCAACUCUGCCAUUAACAAACAACACAAGUACCCAGUACGUGGAAACAUCUUGUCGUAACACUACCUAUCCUAAAUUGUGUUAUGACUCCCUUGCAAUAUAUGCAACCAAGAUUGAUAGCAACCCCAAAAUGCUAGCCUAUGUUUCCAUGAAUGUGACUCUGACUGCCACCAGAUCAGCAUCAGAACUAAUGAAAAACCUGUCUAGACUCAAAAGCUUGACGCCUAGACAGGCUGCUGCCAUAGCUGAUUGCGUGGCGGAGAUUGGUCAGGCAGUAUAUGAGCUAAAAAAGUCGAUUGGCGAGAUGGGUAGAGCCACAUCAGGAUCAGGUACCGAUCCUAUUAUAAUUAAUGAUGUACAAACUUGGGUUAGUGCUGCCUUGACUGAUGAUACUACUUGCAUGGACGGAUUUGCUGGUCAUGCUAUAGAUGGAGAAGUGAAAAAUAUAGUGAAGGAAAAUAUGACAAAAGUUGCUCGUUUGACAAGUAUCGCCUUGGCUCUUAUAAACAGCUUUGGCUCAUCAUCACAAGGAGAGAACUCAGCUUUGGUCCUCUGAUGGGACCGAGUUUAAGGGUUUUGACAAUUAAUCAGUUAAUGCAUGUCUGAAUAAACACCCGGUUCAUCUUUCCUAUAAUAAUUGAUAAUAUAGCUAAUGAGCUGUAAAUCUAUCAAGUUUAAUAAGCUUCUCAUUUGGUUUUCUUGGGGUAUAAGUAAUUUACUAGUUUGUGGAUUUUGCAGCAAGAGCUAUGGGUCACAUCAAGAUUUAAUUAUGAAUAUAAAAUUACAAUGUUGGAAUAUUCAUAAGAUCCCAUUCAUGUC